AAAAAAUGGAGUACAAUACAAAUUAACAACAAAAAUAAAUGAAAAAUCACGUGCCCAUGUUCCCAUCUUUCGCCUUUGAACCAGGAAGACUAUGCGCAAGGAAUUAUUGGAGAGCUCUUUCUUUAUAUAGUUGCAGAUUUUAAACUUUGCACAUUCCCUAGAGAAUUAUUGCAUGUAAGUUUAUGUUGAUCACUCCCAAUGGAGACCAAAAAUCGUGUUGAGCAAAAUCAAAUCUCUGUGCUUCUCGAAGGUGAAGGAUUUAAUCGAAUUCUUGCGAGAGAGUCUUCGGUGGGUCAAUCUUCGCGUAUGUUUUAUCGCCAUGCAGAAGGGGUACCGUUCAAAUGGGAAAUGCAGCCCGGGACGGCCAAGAAUCCGCCGGAAAAAGAUGUUAUUCCACCACUUUCUCCACAGCCAUUGAUACAGAGCUUGGGGCUUCCUUUGCCUCAAGUAGAUGAACCUGAAGAGGCAGGCUCAAAGCACUCAAGGAUCUGGCACAAUUGGAAGAAGAUGUUGAAGAAGAGUAGUCAAAAUAAUAGCUCCAGCUUUGGUGAUUCUGAUGAAGAAUUUGCAGCGAAUUCAUCUUCGUCUUCAUCAAAUUGUCACAUUUCUGAAUCGUCGAGGGUUGGAAGGGAUUUGUUGGAUGGUCCUUUUUGUUGCAGUCCAUGGAACAUCACAGCCGCACUGGAUGAAGGAAACACGAAGAUAUAUUACUGCAGAACCCACAAGACUUUUGCACUAGAAGAAGAUGGUUUAAUCUUCAGCAGAAUUCUGUCAAGAGUCUCUUCUGUCGAUCAAUCUGGUCCUUUACACAGUACUGAAAUUACUUCUUCGGGGAUUCCUUUCAAAUGGGAAAUGCAACCCGGGACGCCGAAAAACGCACCGGAAAAUGACGUAAUCCCACCCCCCAGUCCUCCACCAGCGGUUCAAAGCUUGGCACUGCCUUGGCCUACUCUUCUGUGCACUGGUGGAGAAGAAAAAACUAAGAGCUCAAAAUGGUCGAGGGUCUGGUUUUGGAUUAAAAUAAAGAAAAUGAUCGAGCAAAAUGAGAAUGUGCAAGAACUCAGCUUCAGAUAUGACCAUAAGAUGGAAUUUUGCAAGCCUGAUAAGGAAUUUGAUGCCUUUUUGCGCAGUUCAUCUUCAUCUUCUGCUCAUAAAACAAGUUGGACUUUGCGAUUGUCCAAAAUUAGAAGGGACUGCUUGAGUUGGAUUUCUAGGAACAAUGAGGCAAUUCUUGUUUAUGCAACAAGAAAAUUAAAGCACUAACUAAUAAAACUUUUCACUCAUAUGAAUCAUUAUUUGAUUCGUAAUAUUACAUGGUACCAGAAAAAUAGUUCGCCACCAACCCUGUUCUCUUUCUCGAUUUCCUUCGUGAAAUUUUAUUGUGUUUCUGUCCAUUUUGUAAAUGAGUCUCUUGAUCUCUGCGUGGUGUCAUGGGUUAUGUUUCCUCCUUAGAAGGAAACAAGGCAGUGGUUUUGAUUGUCAAAUGAUGUC